CGCUAGCUCGCUUCCAUUUUCCUCCGCCUCUGGUUGUCAAGAAGAUGGCAGCUUCCAGGCAGGCAUGAGAGGAAAUACUUCUUCACAAAUCGAAUGAAUUUGGAUUAUUGCCUCAAGAUAAGAGCACAUACUAGUGUUUUUGCAUCUACUGCAUCAGAUUAAAAGUCAUGUCUGCCCCUGGUUCCGCGGUGUCUGGGACCACUCCGUCGGUUCUGCAGCCGCGAUGGAAGCGGGUCCUCGGAUGGUCCGGUCCGGUCCCUCGGCCCAGGCACGGACACAGAGCUGUGGCUAUAAAGGAACUGAUGGUUGUUUUUGGAGGUGGAAACGAAGGAAUUGUUGAUGAAUUACAUGUAUACAACACAGCAACAAACCAGUGGUUUAUCCCAGCAGUCCGUGGUGAUAUCCCUCCAGGUUGUGCUGCAUAUGGUUUUGUAUGUGAUGGAACACGGUUGCUGGUUUUUGGUGGGAUGGUGGAAUAUGGGAAAUACAGCAAUGAUCUCUAUGAACUACAGGCCAGCAGAUGGGAAUGGAAAAAACUGAAAGCCAAAAAUCCAAAAAAUGGCCCACCGCCUUGUCCUCGACUCGGUCACAGCUUUUCGCUCGUUGGCAACAAAUGCUACUUGUUUGGUGGACUGGCCAAUGAUAGUGAAGACCCCAAAAACAACAUUCCCCGAUACCUAAAUGAUUUGUACACACUCGAGCUUCGACCUGGUUCUAGCGUGGUCGGGUGGGAUAUUCCAAUCACAUAUGGCGUCCUGCCUCCUCCUCGCGAGAGUCACACCGCUGUGGUGUACACAGAAAAGACGACCAGGAAGUCACGCUUGAUAAUCUAUGGAGGAAUGAGCGGUUGUCGUCUUGGAGAUCUGUGGACUCUUGACAUAGAUACCCUGACUUGGAACAAACCUUCAGUAGGUGGUACGGCACCUCUUCCACGAAGUCUUCACUCUGCCACCACAAUCACAAACAAGAUGUACGUUUUUGGCGGAUGGGUUCCUUUGGUAAUGGAUGACGUCAAAGUGGCCACACACGAGAAAGAAUGGAAAUGCACAAACACACUCGCUUGCCUAAAUCUCGACUCCAUGUGUUGGGAAACAGUGUUGAUGGAUACCCUGGAGGAUAAUAUCCCCAGGGCCCGUGCCGGCCACUGUGCCGUGGCCAUCAAUUCCAGACUGUAUGUCUGGAGUGGCCGUGACGGUUACCGGAAAGCGUGGAACAACCAAGUGUGCUGUAAAGACCUUUGGUACCUGGAAACAGAGCGGCCCCACGCUCCCGCCAGGGUCCAGUUAGUCCGUGCCAACACAAACUCUCUGGAGGUGAGCUGGGGUGCAGUCUCCACCGCCGACACGUACCUGCUGCAGCUGCAGAAGUAUGACAUCCCCGCGACCCCGGCGGCAGCCUCGCCAGUCACGAGCGCAACGCCUUCACAACCCAUCAACUCUCCAAAGAGCCCUGCACCAGCCGCUGCAGCACCCUCCGCGCAGAGUUUACAACAGACAGCUGUUUUAAAGGUUGCAGCUCAACAGGCUGCCACAGGCGCAUCUGUUGUCACAGUUCGCCCGAGCCAGCCGGGGAAAUCCCCCGUCACCAUGACGUCCCUUCCUCCAGGUGUUCGAAUGGUAGUGCCUACCCAAACCACCCAAGGAUCGCCAAUUGGAAGUAGCCCUCAGAUGAGUGGCAUGGCAGCUUUAGCUGCUGCAGCUGCAGCCACACAGAAGAUCCCACCCGCUUCUGGAGGCACCGUUCUCAAUGUUCCCGCGGGUGCCACCAUCCUCAAAACAGUGGCUGUCUCCCCAGGCACCACCACAGUGAAAGUGGCUUCUCCUGUAAUGGUCAGUAACCCAGCCACCCGCAUGUUGAAGACGGCCGCGGCCCAGGUGGGCACGGCAACCGCGUCCUCUCCCACCACCACCAGACCGAUCAUCACUGUGCACAAGUCCGGGGCUGUCACAGUGGCUCAGCAGGCCCAGGUGGUCACCACUGUGGUGGGAGGAGUCACCAAAACCAUCACCCUGGUCAAGAGUCCGCUCACCAUGGGCAGCAGCGGUACUUUGAUCUCCAACCUUGGCAAGAUGAUGUCUGUGGUGCAAACCAAGCCAGUGCAGACAUCAGCCGUCACAGGCCAGGCUUCCACUAACCCUCUCACACAGAUCAUACAGACAAAGGGUCCCCUCCCAGCCGGCACCAUCCUGAAACUGGUGACUUCUGCAGACGGCAAGCCCACAACAAUCAUCACAACGUCCCAGGCCGGAGGCACAGGAAACAAACCCACGAUCCUCAACAUAAGUGGCGUCUCACCUACUACUACCAAGCAGGGUACCACCAUCAUUAAGACCAUCCCCAUGUCGGCCAUCAUGACCCAGCCUGGAGCCACAGGUGUGACGAGCAGUGCAGGCAUGAAAACACCAAUAACGAUCCUUACCACCAAGGUAAUGACCACUGGAACGCCUGGUAAAAUUAUUACUGCCAUGCCCAAACUGUCCACUGCAGCUGGACAGCAAGGACUGACGCAGGUGGUAUUAAAGGGCGCUCCAGGACAGCCGGGCACUAUUCUGCGUACCUUGCCCAUGAGCACAGUAGGCGGUGUUCGUCUCGUUACACCAGUGACGGUCUCCUCUGUUAAGCCCACUGUUACCACACUGGUUGUCAAGGGAACUACUGGAGUCACCACUCUUGGCACCGUCACUGGGACGGUGUCCACAAGCUUGGCAGGAGCCACGGCCGACAGCUCCAGUGCCUCCCUGGUGACGCCGAUCACCACGCUGGCGAACAUCGCUACUCUGUCCAGCCAGGUGAUCAACCAAGCCGCCAUCACGGUCUCGGCUGCUCAGACCAGUCUGACUUCUUCUUCGACUCUGCCCUCCUCGACAGUGACGGUGCAGAACCAGCCCACCCAGGUUACCCUGAUCACAACCCCCAGUGGUGUUGAAGCCCAGCCAGUCCAGGAUCUUCCUGUGUCCAUUCUGGCUUCUCCGACCUCUGAACAGCCCAGUUCCACUGAGGCUGGCGCAACUGGAGACGGUUCUGGUACCGUCACCCUGGUCUGCUCCAACCCGCCCUGCGAGACGCACGAGACGGGAACUACCAACACCGCCACCACUUCCUCUGCUACAAUCGGAGCCGGACAGGUCUGCUCAAACCCGCCCUGCGAGACGCACGAGACGGGAACCACCAACACGGCCACGACGGCGUCUUCAAACAUGUCCACAUUACGUGUGUGCUCCAACCCGCCCUGCGAGACCCACGAAACGGGGACGACAAACACGGCCACCACGGCGACCUCUAACAUGGGAGGGACCCAGCAGGUGUGUUCAAAUCCCCCCUGCGAGACCCACGUGACGGGCACCACCAACACAGCAACGCAAGCUUCCUCCAGCAUGAACGCCGGCGAGACGGGCACCGUGCAGAGCGCCCACUCAAAUCCACCCAGCGAAACCCACGAAUCGGGGACCAGCGACACUCCGUCCGCAGCCACCUCCAGCGUAGGGGAGGACCAGAGCAGCACAGCAACGGGCCAGAUCCAGAGGGUCUGCUCCAACCCGCCGUAUGAAACACACGAGACUGGGACCACCAACACCGCCACCACUGCUACCUGCAGCAUGGAGACCGGUGAAGGCACAGCCACCCAGCAGACAGAGGAAGGAGCAGAAGGAACAAGCACCACAGAGGAAGCUGCUACCACUGCAGCUACUAGCGUAGCUACAACCACCCAAGGCAGAGCCAUCACCACGGUCACUCAGUCCACACCGGCCCCUGGGCCCUCAGUACCGUCAAUUUCCUCAAUCACAGAAGGAGUAAGCACCGCAGCCAGCAGCACGGAGGAGCCGAUGCAGACUGAAGAACCUGCAUCAGCAGAAGCUGCACCUGCAGAGGAGCCUGCUGCAGCCAUGGAGACACAAGCAGAAGGAGAAGCAGCAGCUGCAACGGCCUUGAACCUGCCCUCUGAGCUGAUGUCUGAGGCCCAGGGGACCACGCUGAUGGUGACGGGGCUGUCAGACGAAGAGCUGGCCGUGACCGCCGCCGCUGAGGCUGCUGCCCAGGCUGCAGCCACAGAGGAGGCCCAGGCUCUCGCCAUCCAGGCCGUCCUACAGGCAGCGCAGCAAGCUGUAAUGAAUGAAGGCGAUGGUUCUGAGGAAAGCCAGCAGCCCACCAACAUCCCCAUCAUGCUGACCCAGCAGGAGCUGGCCGCACUGGUUCAGCAGCAGCAGCAGCUACAGGAAGCUCAGGCCGCCGCGCAGCAGGCCUCUGUGGACACCAGCAUGCCUACCGAGGGCCUCGCCCCCGCCGACAGCCUCAACGACCCGUCAGUCGAAAGCAAUGGACACAACGAAAUGGCUGCCUCGGUCACCAGCGCCGUGGCGUCCCUUCUACCGCGCACCACUGCUGAGACUCUGGCUCCAUCAAGUACGUUUGCACCGUCUAUAUCAGUAGCAAGUCCGGCCAAGCUGCAGGCGGCAGCCACUCUCGCAGAGGUGGCCAACGGCAUCGAGGGAGAGAAACAAGCCCCUCAACCCGCUCCAGUGAAGCCUGUUGUUAAAAAGGAGAACCAGUGGUUUGACGUCGGGAUCGUAAAAGUGACAAAUAUGGUCGUCACUCACUUCUAUGUGCCAGGAGACGAUUCUCAAGGAGAUGACGACUCCGGCGCCGUACCGGACUACAGUCAGAUGAAGAAGAUGGAGCUGCAGCCUGGUACGGCGUACAAGUUCCGCGUGGCAGGAAUCAACGCCUGCGGGCGUGGAACGUUCUCUGAGAUUUCUGCUUUCAAGACCUGCCUACCCGGAUUCCCAGGAGCCCCAUGUGCCAUCAAAAUCAGCAAGAGCCCAGAUGGCGCCCACCUGACCUGGGAGCCGCCUUCGGUUACGUCAGGGAAAAUAAUCGAGUACUCGGUGUACCUGGCCAUCCAGAGCAGCCAGACGGCUGAGGCCAAGGCUUCCACCCCGGCCCAGCUAGCUUUCAUGCGAGUGUACUGUGGACCCAACCCCUCGUGCUUGGUGCAGUCGUCCAGCCUCUCAAACGCUCACAUCGACUACACGACUAAACCAGCCAUCAUCUUCCGCAUCGCCGCCCGCAAUGAGAAGGGUUACGGUCCCGCCACUCAAGUUCGAUGGCUACAGGAAUCUGGUAAAGAUGCCACCUCUGCAAAACCUGCCCCCAAAAGACCCGGCACCUCUCCCGAUACCAAGACUACUGGUCCAAAGAAAGCAAGGACGGACCAGUGAGGUUGCCCGGAGUCCCCUCCCAGUCUUUUUGUUGUUUUUUUGUUUUUUUCCACUGUCCUUUUUAUCAGGAAGACUGACCUUCACUCGUCCUCUUCCUUCUCAUCUCCUCCACCCCCCCGUCUCAGAUCAAAAUGGUGGCAGAAGCCCAGAUGAAAGUCAAUCUGAGACACGUUUCUGUAGAUAAACCCCCUUACUCCUCCUCCUCCUCGUUCAGUUGGUCGUAAUAUUUUUAGAGCAAUUCAAGCCUAGAAGCACAUUCUCUUUUUUCAGCUACAUCCCCUUCCUUCGUUUUAACAUCUAUUUUUGCUUCUUCUUUUUUUUUCUCUCCAAGUAGUUGAACAUUA